AUGGCAUGGCAGGAACCUAUUAGGAAUCAAAUUAUAAGUUCAGUUAAUUAUGAUAUACAAACAUCUUCUUACGAACAAUCAGAAUCCAGCACAAUUAAUCUCAGCGAUAUCGUGAAUGUUUCAAUGCUUGCUGAUAAUGAAAAUAAUAGUGAAAACAUAACCGAAGAGAUUGAUAAUGAAGAAAGCGAUAAUAAUAGUGAUAAUGACACAGACGAAGAUCUGACUGAUGGCGAAUCAAUCAUUAAAGAAUGGACUGAAAUAGAUGAAGAUGAAGAACUUGAAGAAAAUAAGGAGCUUGAAGAAAAUGAAGAGCCUGAAGAAAUAAGCAUAGGUACCUUAAAUACUGCUGAUAGACUUGAUUGCCAUCCGGCCGAUCAUGAAAAUUCAAAAAUUGAACUACAAUACCUUUUUUCGCGUAUUUUAACCCAACCAUCGUUUGUUCGAAUUAUUGAACAAGACAUUGAAAAUGUCGAAACAACACAAUAG